CCUUGGUGAGAGGGAGGGAAUGAAGGAGGUUGUGGGAGGAGAAGGCUUGGGGGAAAAGGGAAAGAAAGAAACAGAUGCAAGUAACUCAGGCCGGUUAACUACAUGUAUGCAGGAAGCCAGGGUGGAUACGGGCUGUUUUUGUAGUACAGAGGCAAGACUUAUCAGAAUUAUCAGAGGCUGGUCAGUGCAAAACCAGAGUGAAGAUGUCAUGGCGGCCGACCUACCGAAGCUCAAAGUUUCGAAAUGUAUAUGGCAAAGUGGCCAACCGAGAGCACUGCUUCGAAGGCAUCCCGAUCACAAAGAACGUCCAUGACAACCACUUUUGCACAGUCAACGGCAAGUUCCUCGCCAUAGUAACCGAGAGCUCGGGAGGAGGAUCCUUCGUUGUUAUCCCAGUCACUCAGUUUGGUCGUAUCGACCCUCACUAUCCAAAGGUCUGCGGUCACCAAGGCAACGUGCUGGACAUCAAAUGGAACCCUUUCCAUGACAACAUUAUCGCUUCUUGUUCAGAAGACUCUUCUGUGCGAAUAUGGGAGAUCCCUGAUGGUGGACUUAGAAGAAAUUUGACGGAGGCUGUGUUAGAACUGUAUGGCCACAGCAGGCGUGUAGGACUCAUAGAGUGGCACCCAACCACUAGUGGCAUUCUCUUCAGUGCUGGCUAUGACUACAAGAUCCUGAUUUGGAAUCUUGAGAUUGGCGAGCCGGUGAAAAUGAUCGACUGCCACACAGAUGUGAUCCUUUGUAUGUCGUUUAACACUGAGGGAAGCCUACUGGCCACCAGCUGCAAGGAUAAGAAACUCCGUGUCAUCGAGCCCCGUUCUGGCAUAGUGCUACAGGAGGCAAACUUCAAGAACCACAAAGUGAACCGUGUAGUGUUCCUAGGCAACAUGAAGCGACUUCUGACGACAGGUGUGUCCCGCUGGAACACACGCCAGAUUGCUCUCUGGGACCAGGAGGAUCUGUCCAUGCCAAUCAUUGAAGAGGAGAUUGAUGGCUUGUCAGGCCUGCUUUUCCCUUUCUAUGAUGCAGACACACAUAUGCUCUACCUAGCAGGCAAGGGUGAUGGGAACAUCAGGUACUAUGAGUUCACCCUGGAGAAGCCCUACCUGCAGUAUCUCAUGGAGUUUAGGUCCCCUGCACCGCAGAAAGGGCUUGGAGUGAUGCCGAAGCAUGGACUGGAUGUAGGAGUGUGUGAAGUCUUCAGGUUUUAUAAGUUGGUGACUCUGAAGGGCCUGAUUGAGCCGAUCUCUAUGAUCGUGCCUAGAAGGUCAGAGACAUAUCAGGAAGACAUAUACCCCAUGACUCCUGGGACAGAACCUGCACUUUCUGCUGAUGAGUGGCUCAGUGGAAUCAAUCGAGGCCCUGUGCUCAUGUCCUUGAAAGAGGGCUACAACAGACCCAACAAUCUGGUGUUCAAGGCUCCUGUGAAGGAGAAGAAGAGUGUGGCUGUCAAUGGGAUUGACCUGCUGGAAAACGUGCCUCCCCGUACAGAGAAUGAGCUCUUGCAGAUGUUCUUCAGGCAGCAGGAUGAGUUGCGGCGACUAAAGGAUGAACUUGCUCAGAAGGACAUUAAGAUAAGACAGCUUGAGCUGGAGCUCAAUAACAUAACAAACAGCCCAAACAACAAUAACAACAGCAAUGGUAGCAGCAUUUGACAUGGAAUCUUUACUGUUUCUGAUUAUUUCCUCACCUAAAGUGACACCUACAGCACUGCUGAAACUCCACAUUGGGCCUUCUUCUUCCUUACAGUCCAAUGCCCUCCCGCCAAGAUCCCUCAAGACCAAGCGCUUGUCUUCACUGAGCAGCUUUUCACUCUGACCCCUAGUGUUGACCCUACAGUGACCGUGUGCUAAGUAGACUUUAUUGGAGUGUUGAUUCACUAACUGUGAGAAAACUCUCCCUUCAAAUGACCAUCCUUUGACUUUCACAAUAUCAAUCUACUUGCUGGAUUGGUUCUUGCUAUAUAAAGUGAAGAGCUAUACAAGACUCACAUAUGCAACCACAGAUAGUUGUGGAAGUCUUGUUUAGAGGGAGGUGCAGUUGGUUAUGGACAGAAAGGGCUCCUUUUUCAUUUUCUUUAUCUUUCUUAAAGGAAAGGUUCCCCCAAAAAUGAAAAUUCUGGUUUUAUUUACUCACCUCAACAUACCUGUAUAACUUCAUUUUUUUUGUGGAACACAAAAUGAGAUUUUAGGCAGAAUGACAGCCUCAAAAAAAAAAUGCUAUGAGAGUGAAUGGUGACUGAGGCUAACAUUCUGCCCAACAUCUCCUUUUGUGUUCCACAGAGGAAAGAAAGUCUUAUGGGUUUAGAACAACAUGAGGGUGAGUAUAUGAUGAAAGAACCAUCUCUUUAACCAUUCUCUUUCAUGUAAUUGUAAUCCCUUCCUCUCUUUUGUCACAUAUGAAUGUUUACUGCAAGAAUUGUAGUCUUGCAUUGGAUUGGUUUUGAUUUGACUUGGUUCAAGCUAAUAAUUGCAUUAACAUCUCAUAAGUUUAGUCUGACCUAAAUUUAAUUAUUACAAUUAUUUAUGUAAUACUUAUUUCCUUUCCUAAUAAGGAAUUGAUUUAAAUAGCUUAGUAAACUCCAGAUAGGGUCAUGGAUAUUAAGACAGAGAUGAAAAAUAUUGUGAGGCUUAAGGUCAAAUAUUUGAAUGACUUUAAGAUCAAAUAGAAAUGUUUCACCCAUCAAGUAGUUUUCUCAUCAGAACAUUAGCACUAUUGUAUAGGUUUGUUAUGAUAGUACUUACUAGUGAUAGUGAUAGUGCUGAUUUAAUGUAGAAUACUCAAAAACCACAGUUAACCAAUACACAAUAGAUUAUAUUUAUCCAAUUGUCAUACCCUGAAUUAUUGAGAUACUAAUUUGAGUUGGGAACUGUGAUGACUCUUGCGUUGCUCUUCUUCACAUUGUGCAAAACAUAGUCAAAUUUGUUCAGGUAAGUUUAUAGAAUCAAUUCAAAUGGGUCGAUAAAGCAUUUAAGUUAAGUGAGAGGAUUUUACAGUGUGGAUAAAGUUUUUUUUGUUUUGUUAUAUUUUAAAAGUCACACUUUGCACCUGAUAUACACAUUAAAUCUUGAAAGGAAUCCACUAAUUGUAAAAUCCAAUAAUUAAAUGAAUUAGUAAUGGAUGUAGUAUUAGCCGUGGACACGGUAAUGUUAUACAGAUCUGGGUAAGUAAAGUUUGAAGGGAAGGUGAGACUGACAACUCAAAGAAAGUAAGAGAUAGCGAGAGAGGUCUGGCUGGUAGAGUUUUUGAUUGAACAGUAAGUCCAACAGUAAGACGAUACUUUAUUUUUAAGAUUGACUGUGAUUUAUAAAGCAUAAUGAAACAUUAUGAACAAACGUUUUGUUCUUUUUUUUAUUAGUAACAUUUCAUUUAAAUCAAACCUAUUUAUUAAUUCCAUUUUUAAAUUGUGUUUAGUACCUCUUUUCUGACAGUUUAUAUUUUUGAGUUGUUCGGUUGGCAUUCUGAAGUAAUUUGUCAGGAUUGUAUAUUCUAGCCAUGACUCCCUUGUAGGAUUCAAAUUAUUGACCUCUUAUACAAAUAGCUUCUUAUAUUAGAUCUAGAUUCUCAUGAAGCCCUUUCAAAUGUUUGCUUGUACAGUGGACAAAUUCCUUGUGGGCAAAUGUUUUAUGCCACAAAAUACAGGUGCAGACUUGCUCUUUAAAUCAUGCUCCCCUGUAAAGGUUACCCUAUUAAUUAUAAUCAGAACACCUUUAUUGUGCCCUUAUAAGACAAACUGAAAGCCAAGAACAAAUUUGCAGCUAAUCUUUCAACAUCUAAUGGACAAGCUGUGACCAGGAGUUCAGCUUUUAAAAUGAAGUUAUCCCUGCUCAAAUAUGGCGAUCACUUCAUUGUUUAAUCAGCCAGUAACUAAAUGCCCUCAGACCUUAAAUUGAUAGUUCACACAAAAAUGGAAAUUCUCUCAUCAUUUACUCACCCUCAUGACACCCCAGAUGUGUAUGACUUUCUUUUGUUCUUUCUUUUUAGAAGAAUAUUUCAGCUCUGUAGGCCCAUACAAUGCAAGUGAAUGGGUACCAAGAUUUUGAAGCUCCAAAAUGAACAUUUAGGCAGCAUAAAAGUAAUCCAUGUGACUCCAGUGUCCAUGAGAAUACUAUAUGAUACAAUAGGUUUGGGUGAGGAACAGAUCAAUAUUUAAGUAUUUUUCCCCCAUAAAUUCACUUCCCUGCCCAGUAGGUGAUGAUAUGCACGAAGAAUGUGAUUUGGCAAAACCAAAACAAGAAGAAUGUGAAGUUGAGAUUGAUAGUAAAAAAUUACUUAAAUGUUGAUCUGUUUCACACACACCACUGGAAACCACAUGGAUUAAUUUUAUGCUGCUUUUAUGUGCUUUCUAGCCACAAUUCACUUGCAUUGUAUGGACCUAAUGAACUGAAAUAUUUUUCUAAAAAUCUUAGUUUGUGUUCUGCUGAAGAAAGUCAUUCACAUCUGGGUUGGCAUGAAGGUGAGUAAAUGAUGAGAGAAUUCUCAUUUUUGGGUAAACUAUCCCUUUAAAUUGGGUGUUUCGUUGCACUGGCAAGAUUUCAGACUUUUGAGAUGGCACAACAUGGAAAGCAAGUCUGUUUACCUUUGAAAACAGCCAGUGAGUUUGAGACUUUUCUUGCAGUAACUAUUAAUUUAAAAAAACACUAUGAACCUCAAGCUUUGUAAAUAUUUUGCCUCAUAAAACAAUGACGCAAAAUCCUGUGAGCUCCAGUUUUCUUUUUGCCUUUUUUUUUUUUUUUUUUGUGUGUGUGUGUGUUUUUUUUUGUUGUUGUUUGUUUGUUUUUUUAGGGAGAAAGUGCACUUUGAGAAAUCUGACACUAGAGGGCAGUAAAGCCACAGUCUUUGACAGAGCAUAGGCGUACACUUGUCAUGGAUCAGCCACUGCACAUAAUCCAACAUAGCAACAACAUACAAACAGACAGUGCAGGGGAGACAGCGGGUAAUACCAAUAUCCCAGCGGCUGGAAAAGUAGAAGACUUCAAACCCUGUACAUAAAUGGGCCAAUGAGGACAGUUCACUCACUGCACAGCUAAUUGUUUAUGGCCCUUAAACAUGAUUCUGAGCUGUAGAAUCCAAAUUAUCUUGGGCCUUAUAAUACAUAUUGUUUUUGGUGCAGAGGUAAGGGGGAAUAUUAAUUUAGACUUUCACAGUGUGAGAGGGUCUGAAGAUCAGCAAUACUCGGGUCCAUUAUUUGAUGUCAGAGAAGACACACUGCUAACACAAGCGCAAUUAUUGAUAAAAUACAUUGUACUGACAGUAUUGACCUGAAGAAUUAUGAAGCAAGACAUUAGGCUUUGAUUAAAAUGAAGUACAUUAAAAAGUAAUCAUUACUUUGUUCCAUUAUUUAUUAUGAAUAAUAGUCUGACUACAGUAUGCGUCACAUUUAACAUGAGGUAAUAGCAUGCAAAGUAAUAAUAAUAAAUACCUUCCCGAGGAGAAACACUAUAAUGUGGGGAGUUCAAUGUACUCAAAUAGUACAUAGAAACCCUUUGUCUUGACUCACUGUAGGAGACAUGCUUAAUUUAACUGUCCAUCAUCCACAGGAAAUUAUGGCAAGGCAAUAGGCUGAGGCUUUCUGUCCACAUAGAAUAUAAGAGACACUUCAGUUUUAAACACUGUAUGCAAUGCUUUCAUAUUCAAGUUAAUAAAGCACAUGCUUAUACAGUAAAUAUUCAUUUAAACACAAA